CAGAUCAGCUGACUGGUCACACGUGACUCAUUGCGGAAUCAGCCAUGAAGCUGUUGGCAGGAUUGGUCCGGCUCGAUGUAUUUUUAUACUUUAUAAGUUUAAUAACAGCCGUCCAGGCUUUCUUUGGGGGCGGCACGGAUAAUUACCGCAGAAAGGUUUCCCUGGAGUUGAACCCGGGUCGCAGCGGCUCCUCCAAUGUCAGCGUGCUCCACGUGCGUGCCGUCGGGAACAACGACACGCUGCACUUCCUGUGGGGCAGCCAGGGGGUGCCCACGCUGCUGUUGGUGCACACGGACAGCCCAGAGACCCGGGUGCAAAUCGACUGGGAGCGCAUGCUGUCUAACAACAUCUCGGGUAGCCUGACGGUGGAGCCAGCGAGCGCUGUGCGGUACUCCACGGCUUUCCUCUUCAGUAAGAUCUGGGAGUACAGGGAUAACAGCACUGAUCAGUCCCAGGCGGCAGCUGACAGCUACUUCCCUCCCUACAGCUUGGAGGAGUUCACCUGGGAGGACCUGAAUCGAACCCUCAACCACUCGGCCCUGACUGCGCAGCUCUGUGGGAGGAACCAGUCACAGCACAGAGGGAGAGUCUGCUUCCAGAUCUCUGCCUUUGAGUCCUGGGGUCGUGACCCUGCCUGGCCCCGCCUCCUCCACAGUGCUAACUCCUCCCAGCUGCGCUUCGUGAUUGAAGGGGUCAUGCCCAGGUCAAACUGCUCCAGGUUCGCUCUAGAGCUGCUCUCGAUCGACAGUCGAGAUCACGAGGCGAGAGAGGAGACCCACCGCUCCAUCGACGAUGAAUAUACUCCCUCCAUAUUCCAGGUGUCUCAGCUGGUCUCAGUGCAUGUUAACAGCAGUGCCCCGGUGCUCAGCUAUGCUCAGUGGAAGCCGGUAGCAUACCGCACUGCCUCGCCCGUGUUCGAGGACUCCACACCCUGCCGGCACUCCCCCGCCAGCCCCCCCCUGCCCCCUCCUCGCUUGGGGCUCGCUCUGGCCUUCUUCGGGGGCGCCCUGGAUCAGGGGUACAGAGCCAGCGCUGUCAACAUCAGUUUCGGGAUCCCUGGAGAACCUUUCUACAAUGCCACAGGCUACCUGAGCUGGUCGUGCCUGCUUGGUCUGGGCUCCCCCCCAGAGGACUCCUUCUCUCCGCUGGUUCUGGGUAUCAUGGUGGUGGGGCUCGGCACGCCCGCGCUGCUGCUGCUGGUGGGAGGGGCCUAUGUGUGUGUGCGGCGACUGGGGAGACAGCAGCCCGGGUACGCACCAAUCAACUGAGACCACACCCCUCCGGAAUACUGAUGUCAUGCCCGCAAACCUAUGAGACCACGCCCCCAUUAUGUGCACCAAUAAACUAAGACCUCGCCCAGUGUGGGUGUUGCUGCUACAAUACUCUUAAUUACACUCACCCCCUCUUAACCUCUAAAACCCUUCCAAAGCAUCUCUCUGUAUCAUUUGCCAUGCUAUGCCCCACCCCCACCCAAAUCAAACCACUGCGUUACUAAUUAGCUGCUAGUGUCUAACCCAAUCAGAAGAAGCCUGGGCAAGACCAUGUUUCUGUAAAUAUUAUUCUGAGGAAAUAUCUGAGUUGUGAUGUUUUUCUGGAAGAGGCUGGGUGGCUGACACAGCACAACCCAUUCCAGCUUUUACUACAGGCUUGAUUAGUCUGUAGGUAACAAGCUCGGUGUGUUAUUAAAAUCAGUAAAACCCGGAAUGGAUCACACUGCUAUACAAUGGGAGUCUUCUUUCAUCCCUGCAUACCAGAGCACCCAUUCACAAAAAAGGGCGUACCGAGUCACUUACAGGUUAACCUGGUAAAAACGGGGUUAACUGACAAGAAAGUCAAACGUUUGGGCCAGUGUCUUUUACGUUGGACUUGGAGUUUAUGAUGAUGAGUGUUAGACGUUUACUACCAGGUUCUGUACCUGGUCUUACUCUUCCAGGGAGAGCUGGUGAAGUCGCAACUCAUUCAAUAGCAACCAGCAUUGUUCUUUUCAUAUGCUGUUCUCCCUCUUUAUUUAGCAUAUCUGAAAAACAUGAAAUAUUGAAAACCGUGGAUUAGCGAAGGGUCUUUGUUCAGGGUAAUGCAGGACUUUUACAAUGUACUGUCAGCAUGGCCGGAUUGUUCUGUGGUAAUAUAGAGGCAGCGCUGCUGUUGGUGUUAAAACCUGUUUCAUAGCGAUCCUCUUGGUCUUUAUAUAUUUUUGUUUGUACAGUUAAUUCCCCUCCGUCUCACUGCAAGGAUAUCGUGCAUGCCAGCCCCGCUCCACACGCACACUCGCAUCCCUGCUCCACACACACCUGCAUCCUCGCUCCACACACACACACACUCGCAUCCUCGCUCCACACACACACACACUCGCAUCCCCGCUCCACACACGCACUCGCAUCCCUGCUCCACACACACUUGCAUCCUCGCUCCACACACACACACACUUGCAUCCUCGCUCCACACACACACUCCCAUCCCUGCUCCACCCACACACGCAGAUUUGCGUCUAUGCUCCACACACACACACACUCUCUCACAUCCCUGCUCCACACACACACAGACUUGCAUCCUCUCUCCACACACUCACUCACUGUAGUUCAGUCUCUGUUUUCUGUGGCAGUCCUGCUGCUUUGGCACUGAUGGCUGUGAUAGAUUCUCCAGCUCUUCACUGAAACACCUCUCUCCUCUCUCAUAUUUAACUUCAAGAUGUAAAUGAUUGUUUUAACACAGAAAUAUUUUCAAUUAAAAAAAAUAUGAAAACUA